CGGAAGUAGUUGUGUAACCCCAUGUCCUCCUGAUGGUCUCGUAUUUUCUAUGAGAUUGGCGGUGUGUUUUGGUUUGUCUCAGUAAACAAAAACGGUCACAACGUUGAAUUGCUUAUUUAAUAUUUAAACAGUAUAUAUACAAAUAUAUAUUUAUAUAUUUCUCUGUUGGUUCGUGAACUUUUUUUUGGAGGAGACAAUGUCUUCGCCUUUGGAAAUGACAGAGUUGUACGAUAACGCGUUGCUCGGCAUUCUGCAGCAUGUUGGGAACAUAGAGAAUUUUUUGCAGGUUUAUUUCGGCUUUUUGUACAGAAAAACAGACUUCUAUCGCCUUCUGACCAGCCCGAACGACAAAAUGGGCUUCCCACCUGGAGUGGCAGAAAAAAUGGUCCUGAAGACCUUUAAGCUGUUUGAGAUGAUGGCCAUACAGGACCGAGAGAGGGCGAUGAGACUGGCAGAAGAAGCUCAAGCUAUUCCUCCAGUAGUGGAAGAAAUCGAAGUUCAGUCACAGGCAGAAAUUGCAGGCCAUGCAGAACCCAUGCAGGAAUCUCCGUCAGCGAAAGCGUCGUCCACAGAGCCGGUGCCUGCAGGUGCAGCAUCUGCAGAUGGAAAUGAAGCCAACAUGCAGUCAACAGCAGCGUCUGCAUCCACGGCCUCUGCAUCCACGGCCUCUGCAUCCACGGCGUCUGCAUCCACGGCCUCUGCAUCCACUGCCUCUGCAUCAACAGCGUCUGCAAUGCCUGCAUCAGUGGAUGGUUCAAAUUCUUCUGUGUCCAGGAACCAGACCAGUUUCCAGGCGCACCCAGAUAGCUACAACGGUGCAGUCAGAGAAAACUACAGCUGGUCGCAGGACUACUCUGAUGUGGAAGUCAAAGUUUUUGUUCCGAAGAACAUUGUAAAAGGCAGACAGGUGUCUGUCAGCCUUCAGUCCGGUGGCGUGCGUGUGGCGGUAAAGGAGGGAGCGUCUGAGAAAGUCCUGAUGGAAGGCGAGUUCACGCACAAAAUCAACACUGAGAAUUCUCUCUGGAGUCUGGAACCAGGCCACUGUGUACUGCUGUCUCUGAAUAAACACGGCGAGGUAUGGUGGACCGCCGUGCUAAAAGGCGAGCAAGAAAUCGAUGUAAACCAGAUCAAUCGCGAGCGCUCCAUGACCACCGUGGGCGAAGAGGAGCAUGCCGUGUUGGACCGGCUCACCUUUGACUACCAACAGAAACUGCAAGGAAAGCCUCAGAGCCACGAGAUGAAAGUUCAUGAAAUGCUGAAGAAGGGCUGGGACGCUGAGGGCUCGCCGUUCAGAGGCCAUCAGUUUGAUCCGUCCAUGUUCGACAUAUCACCAAGCGCUGUUCAGUUUUGAACCUUCUGUGAAUGCUGUUAGAGAAAAGCCAAAAAAAUCUGCCUCCAUCCUGUAUAUAUACUAACGUGUCAAGCACUCACAACUCCGGCAUUUACAGCACGAAGGACAAGACAGAACUGCAGAAUUUAAAUUGAUAAAGCUAUAAACACUCAGAUCAGAUUCCCAAAUGGCAUGAGGAUUUACUCAAAUCAAUAUACAUUACUAUUUUCAGUGCUAUUGCGGUAAAUACACUGUCUUAAAUACAUGGAAUCUGUUUUUUGUUAAAAAAAUAAUAAUAAUAAUUAAUUAACUGAAGUAAACCUCCAGAAUAUUCUAGAUGGAAUGAACUACAUAAUGGGGAAAUAUAUUACAGGGGGUUGGGUAUAUGUGUCAUUCUGCAGUUCUGCACAUCACUAUGUGUUCUUGAGCCUUGUCAAAUAGUUGUCAAGUUUAGGAGUUUUGAAUUUUUUUUUUUUUUUAAAGUUUUAGAGGUUCUGGGUUUUAUUUCUGCUUCUCAUUAAGCGGUUUGCUUUUGUGUUCCUGAAUUUAAUAAAAUACAUUACAAAAAAA